AUGUUUGUUUUUCAUCAUGACAAGGAUAUAGUUAUCCUAUUACUCUAUGUUGAUGAUAUUCUUUUAACUGGUAGUUCUCCAUCUUUGUUGGAUUCUUUUAUUACUUCUUUGAAGACUGAAUUUGCUAUGAAAGAACUGGGUAAUUUGGGAUUUUUUCUGGGAAUUGAAGUUGUUAGAAAUUCUGAUACAAUUGUUCUUACCCAAAAAAAGUAUACACUGGAGUUGUUAGAUAAAGCUAAAAUGUUUGAUUGUAAGCCCUGUGAUACUCUUGUUGUUAAAGCUUCAAGAGCAUCUAUUCAUGAUGGUACUUCACUAGCAUAUGUCUCUGAGUAUAGGUCUAUUGUAGGUGCUUUACAUUAUUUAACUGUUACAAGACCAGAUAUCUGUUUUGGUGUUAAUUAUGUGUCCCAGUUUAUGCAUGCACCUACAGAUAUACAUUUACAACUUGUUAAGAGAAUCUUGAGAUACUUAAAGGGAACCAUUGGAUUAGGUAUUACAUUGAGAAAGGGUGAUUUGCAAAACUUGAGAGCAUAUACAGAUUCAGAUUGGGCAGGCUGUCCUGAUACAAGGAGAUCUACAUCAGGAUAUGCAGUUUUUCUUGGUUCUAAUUUGAUAUCUUGGUCUUCUAAGAAACAUCCAACUGUUUCAAAAUCCUCAGCUGAAGCUGAGUACAAGUGCUUGUCUGUGGCCUCAGCUGAGCUUAAGUGGCUUUCUUCUUUAUUAACUGAGUUACAUAUUCCUUUACAGUGUUCUGCUAAGCUUUAUUGUGAUAACACCAGUGCUCUUGCUUUAGCUUCUAACCCAAUCUUUCAUGCCAGGACAAAACAUAUAAAACUACAAUAUCAUUCUUUCAGAGAGCUUGUGGAGGAUGGGUUUAUUCAGUUACAUCAUGUUGCUUCUGAAGAUCAGUUGGCAGAUUUAUUCACAAAGGGAUUGUGUCAUCCAACUUUCUCAAGGUUGCUGUUACAGUUAGGAUAUUCAUCAGUGUUGUCUUCCACAACUUUAGUAUAUUUGCUUAGCUGUUUUACUUUAUUGUUUUCUGCUUAG